AUGCGAACAAGCGCCGAACAAGAUUCGUUCUCCGAGCCAAGCAGCGUAUUCGAUCGACGAGCUGCGAGCUCAUCUUGGGCGGUCUGCAUCUUGGCCGGUCUGCGCGGGACGAAUUGGAGAAGGAGCGAGGAGAAACCGUCCGAAGUGAGCCACACCGUGCACAACGACUUGCCGACAGAAGGCGAAUGCGAACAAGCGCCGAACAAGAUUCGUUCUCCGAGCCAAGCAGCGUAUUCGAUCGACGAGCUGCGAGCUCAUCUUGGCCGAUCUGCAUCUUGGGCGGUCUGCAUCUUGGGCGGUCUGCGCGGGACGAAUUGGAGAAGGAGCGAGGAGAAACUGUCCGAAGUGAGCCACACCGUGCACAACGACUUGCCGACAGAAGGCGAAUGCGAACAAGCGCCGAACAAGAUUCGUUCUCCGAGACAGGCAGCGUAUUCGAUCGACGAGCUGCGAGCUCAUCUUGGGCGGUCUGCAUCUUGGGCGAAGGCGAAUGCGAACAAGCGCCGAACAAGAUUCGUUCUCCGAGCCAAGCAGCGUAUUCGAUCGACGAGCUGCGAGCUCAUCUUGGGCGGUCUGCAUCUUGGCCGGUCUGCGCGGGACGAAUUGGAGAAGGAGCGAGGAGAAACCAAGGCGAAUGCGAAGAAGCGCCGAACAAGAUUCGUUCUCCGAGCCAGGCAGCGUAUUCGAUCGACGAGCUGCGAGCUCAUCUUGGCCGAUCUGCAUCUUGGGCGGUCUGCAUCUUGGGCGAAGGCGAAUGCGAACAAGCGCCGAACAAGAUUCGUUCUCCGAGCCAAGCAGCGUAUUCGAUCGACGAGCUGCGAGCUCAUCUUGGGCGGUCUGCAUCUUGGCCGGUCUGCGCGGGACGAAUUGGAGAAGGAGCGAGGAGAAACCGUCCGAAGUGAGCCACACCGUGCACAACGACUUGCCGACAGAAGGCGAAUGCGAACAAGCGCCGAACAAGAUUCGUUCUCCGAGCCAGGCAGCGUAUUCGAUCGACGAGCUGCGAGCUCAUCUUGGGCGGUCUGCAUCUUGGGCGGUCUGCGCGGGACGAAUUGGAGAAGGAGCGAGGAGAAACCGUCCGAAGUGAGCCACACCGUGCACAACGACUUGCCGACAGAAGGCGAAUGCGAACAAGCGCCGAACAAGAUUCGUUCUCCGAGCCAGGCAGCGUAUUCGAUCGACGAGCUGCGAGCUCAUCUUGGCCGAUCUGCAUCUUGGGCGGUCUGCAUCUUGGGCGGUCUGCGCGGGACGAAUUGGAGAAGGAGCGAGGAGAAACUGUCCGAAGUGAGCCACACCGUGCACAACGACUUGCCGACAGAAGGCGAAUGCGAACAAGCGCCGAACAAGAUUCGUUCUCCGAGCCAGGCAGCGUAUUCGAUCGACGAGCUGCGAGCUCAUCUUGGGCGGUCUGCAUCUUGGCCGGUCUGCGCGGGACGAAUUGGAGAAGGAGCGAGGAGAAACGGUCCGAAGUGA